CGCGCGUUGCCUGAGCCGGCCCUGGAGCGGCCGAGCCGAGUGUUCUGGGCGUCGGCGCGAUGGCUCCGGCUGGGGACCGCGAAGGCUACUGGGGCCCCACGACCUCCACGUUGGACUGGUGUGAGGAGAACUAUGCGGUGACCCUGUUCGUCGCCGAGUUCUGGAAUACAGUGAGCAACCUGAUUAUGAUCAUACCUCCGAUCUUUGGCGCAGUUCAGAGCAUCAGAGAUGGACUGGAGAAGCGGUACAUUGCUGCUUACUUAGCACUCACGGUGGUGGGGAUGGGCUCCUGGUGUUUCCACAUGACUCUGAAGUAUGAAAUGCAGCUGUUGGAUGAGCUCCCCAUGAUUUACAGCUGCUGUGUAUUUGUGUACUGCAUGUUUGAAUGUUUCAAGACAAAGAGCUCAAUAAACUACCAUCUGCUUUUUACCCUAGUCCUAUUCAGUUUAAUAGUAACCACGAUUUACCUAAAAGUAAAAGAGCCUAUAUUCCAUCAGGUCAUGUAUGGAAUGUUGGUCUUUACAUUAGUACUCCGUUCUAUUUAUAUUGUCACAUGGGUUUAUCCAUGGCUUAGAGGCCUGGGCUAUACGUCCUUGACUGUCUUUUUGUUGGGAUUUUUAUUGUGGAAUGUAGAUAACAUCUUCUGUGAUUCACUGAGGAACUUUCGAAAGAGAGCACCCCCUAUCCUUGGUGUCACAACACAGUUUCAUGCAUGGUGGCAUAUUUUAACUGGCCUGGGCUCUUAUCUUCACAUCCUUUUCAGUUUAUAUACAAGAACUCUUUACCUGAGAUACAGGCCUAAAGUGAAGUUUCUCUUUGGGGUCUGGCCCAUGGUCAUGUUUGAACCUCAGAGGAAGCACUGAUGAAUUCUUCUAUCAAGGAAACAAAAGCACCUGCUGUAGUUCUGGCAAGAUGGUCCAGAAGUCCCCAAAGACGUGCACAUUCAGACACCAUGCCCGUCACAAGAGCUGGAUGACUCAGCCGCACAGAAUGAGCAUCGAUUUGUUGACUGUUUAGCUCCUGGCUUUAUCUCAUUUGUCUGUGACCUAAGAUGCUUACAGAGAAACUGAUGGGUGUAUAUUUAUAUUCUGGAGUGGGAGAAGUUGGGUGUUUCUUAACAGGUUAACAGUCUGUGCUGGUCAUUCAUGGAAAAAGCUAAUAUUUUUUAUUUUCUUUUUUUUACAAGAGUUGCAUGUUAAUUAUACCUUUCCUAAUUGUUGAUUAAAUAUUGAACAAAGUCAUUAAGGACUGACAAAAUCCCAUUUCCAGAUGGUUGACUGUGAGCCAGUACUUAGCUGUGUCAGCUUUGAUUUAUAUUAUUAUAUUAACCUCACGUGGUUUUUUAAUGUUAAAAAGGAAAAGAAAGCCCUGGCUGAGCUGCCUGGGUAGCCCCUCACUAUCUGCCUUGGUGCUAGCUGGACCGCCGUAAGCAGACUCCGACCUGCCAGUGCGUGGGCUCUGUUCUCACCUCCACCAGUUUGUUUUGGGCUCUGGCCCACAGCCAGUCAAGGGGCCGGCCGUCUGUCAUCCGGCUGGGAGUUCUUUCAGGGCUCCUGUCUUUCACCAGUUAAAGUCUGUUGUUUUGCCUUCUUUGAUUUUCAAGUUAUUAUUAUUUUUGCGUCUAGCAAAUUUAAGUGGUGAUCUGGCCUACCCAUAUUCUGUAUGCCAGCGUAGUUACCAGGGAAAGUUGGACGUUUUUUACUUCUUGCAUUGUGCAGUAUUUUCCAGUUCUCAGAGAGGUCAUGGCUAUACCCAGACACCUGGGUCAGGUUAACCCUGUUUUGCAUAAAGCUUAUUAAAGUAUUUGCUCCUUCAUUUUUUGAGGAGAAGAAAUAGAAAUAUUAAAACAGUACUGACUUGUAACUUUUGCAGCAUCUAAAAUUUUAAAAGUCAGUAAUAGCAGUCAAGUCUCAUGGAGAGGCAGAUAGGUCUAAUCUGAGUGUCAGGAAAUUGAAUUGAUUGUCACAAAAAUAAAUGAAAGGUCAUGUAUCUAUUGAUUGCAUCCUGAGCUAAGGCUUCAAAGGAAAAGUAGGGGUUUUUUCUCAUGCAAAAUUGAUAAAAACAACUUUCCCAUUUUUCCAAUAGUCAUUAAGAAGCCUUAGCCUGGCAGGGUGAUGCGCGCCAUUAACCCCAGCACUCGGAAGGCAGAGGCAGGCGAAUCUCUGUGAGUUUAAGGCCAGCCUGGCCUACAUAGUUCCAGAACACCUUCAAGGUGAGAUCUCAAACAAACAAACAAACAAAAAGCAUUUGGUUCAUUAGGUAGUCUUGGUACAUUUUAAAGACCAACAUUGCUUUUAUAAAAGCAAGACGUGCCAAAACAUAAUCUAAGAGAACCUUAGUUGUACUGUCGCUGUAGGCAUGGGUCAGAGUCCAGAGUGCACCCGCUGAGAUGCCCAGGUUCCUGUGUCCUGGAACAAGAGUUGGACCAGAGACACAUGGAUAGUGAUGGAAAUAGAGAUCUUUCACUAGGAAUGGGACUGGCAAAGGUCCUUGGCCAGCAGAGCCUCCAUCUUUCUUGGCAAUUAGAGAGGUAGGGCUUAUUUUAAAGCGUGCUAUUUUGUUAUGCAUAUACCAAAUUUGGAGAGGUUUCCAGUCUUCCUUGGGGUUGCUUUUUGUUUGUUUGCCUCUAGAACUUCCUGUUCGCCUACCUCACUUUACCCCAUCCUCAGAGCUGUGGUCCCAAAACACUUUCCGAGGGGCUAAAGGAUAAUAGUCUAUUUUGUGUAAAUCUGUGCUGAUGAGGAGUGUAAUCCUUGCCAAAGAGAGACCACAAAGCUCUCUUCCUGUUGUUUCUGUUGGUUGGAGAGGAGGCUUUGGAGUUUUUGUUGUGGGGGUUGACUUGAAUCCCUUUAUCAUAAUGAGCUAAGUUUGAAACUGUCAUAUCCUAGAAGACACAAAUUGUACAGGAUUAAAAAUCCAAGAAUUUGAGCUGAAGAGAUGGUGUAGCAGUUGAGAGCACUAAUUGAUUCUCAGUACCCACAUGGUAGCUCACAACCUUCCAUCACUGCAGUUCCUACGGCUCUAGCGACCUCUUCUGGCAUCUGCAAGCCCCAGACACACACAUGGUACACAUACAAGCAGAGCAUCCAUACACUUAAAGUAAUAAAUCUCUGAAAAGUUGUCAGUGCAAGAACAAUAUGAUUAUACCAGAAGUGGCCCCAGGAAGGACCUGAGUCAGGAAAACCAAAGCUAUGCUUGUGUAAAUUGUUCUGGGUAUAGUCCUUAAGACUGCUAAAAAACAAAGCAAAACAAAAUCACAUACACAAACAAACAAACAAACAAACAAA